AUGGAGGCCAAAUUAAUUAAAGAAAGGUCUCACUCGACUCCAGUGGUUGUGGAUUUCCAUGCACAAUGGUGUGGCCCCUGCAAGAUCCUGGGGCCAAGGUUAGAGAAGAUGGUGGCCAAGCAGCAUGGGAAGGUGGUGAUGGCCAAGGUGGACCUUGAUGACCACACAGACCUUGCUAUUGAAUAUGAGGUGUCAGCAGUACCCACCGUGCUAGCCAUUAAGAACGGGGAUGUGGUGGACAAGUUUGUGGGCAUCAAGGAUGAGAACCAGCUGGAAGCCUUCCUAAAGAAGCUGAUUGGCUGACAAGCAGGGAGGAGUCCUGACCGCCUGAGACCCCCAUGGUCCCAGGGAGGGAUCCCCAUAGAACUCACAGUCCUCUGUGCUGGCCCUCUCUGCCACCUCCCUCUGUCUGGCCCCUGUGGCCCGUGCUUUGGAGACCAGCCUCCAAACCCAAGAGCCACUCGUGUUUUUGAGCCGGCUGACUGCCAGGGUGGCCGUCAGAGGAAUGGUGCUGCUGCUGGCCUGGGGACAGCGCCUUCCCACCCACCUGCUCUCGUCUGCUUCCAGGGCUUGUUUCAGUUCUCCAGGAAGCUUGGGGAGAGCCCAGGGCCAGCCCACAGCGUUCCUGGUCACACAGCAACACCUUGGUCCCUCCUGAUGUGAACAU